UGUGCAAAGAUUUCAUCACAAGUGAAAUAGCCGGAAGUGAACGAAAUGGAUAUUUUUGAUUGCAUUAAAUUAUUGUCGCUGCUUUGUGCCUUAAUUGGACAUGUAAACAGUGUUGAUCGCACAAAGGUUGUGAUAAGCACAGACGCUGGAGCAGAUGAUGCUUGGGCCUUGUAUUACCUACUGGAAGCUAAGCAAGAGGUAGAAAUACUUGCCAUAUGUUGUACCAAAGGCAAUACAAACGUUUCCAAUGGUGCCACCAAUGUGCUCAGGGUACUAGACGCAGUAGAGCGUACGGAUAUUCCCUUGUACGUUGGUUCAAACGAACGAAUAUUGCUUCCAGAACCAGCCGUAAAUGCCGAGGACAUGUAUUUUGGUGCGGAUGGUUUUUCGGAUGUUGUAUUUGAUCGUGAACCAUCGCGCAUGCCCUUACAAGAGGGAAAACAUGCGUUGUACGAGCUGUAUACAUUGAUCGAACAGCAUCCAAACGAAAUCAUCUUUGUAAAUUUAGGCCCCCUAACUGACUUGGCGCUGUUGCUUAAAGUAUACCCUAGCACACGGCACCUGCUGAAGGCCAUCUACAUGAUGGGUGGAAAUCGUCAUGGAAUUGGUAACACGCAGAGUGCCGCAGAAUUCAAUUUCUAUAGCGAUCCAGAAUCGGCUAGCAUAACGUUUAACGCGUACCAGGGUCCCAUCGUUGUUGUACCAUGGGAAACUGCAUUCCGUCCUAAUCUUGUGACUAGCUUCGAAUGGCGUAUGGAUGUGUUGGGAAGCAGCAACAAGACUAUCUUUGAUAUUCUCAACCAAGUGGAAAGGGUAGCGUUGGAAAAAUUGCCUGAAAAAGAUCAGGUAUGGAUGCCGUGCGAUUUGCUGGUAUCCAUGGUGCUGGCCCAUCCGCAUCUGAUCGUAGAAAGUAAACAAUACACCGGAGAUGUGGAGCUUAACGGUAGACUAACUCGUGGCCAAUUGGUUUUGGACCAUAUGAACGAAGGAAGCGGUAAUAUAACGAUUAUAGAUAAUGUGGAUGAAGUGAAAAUGAAACAGUAUUUGCUUAACUUGCGUUAAAAGUAA